CCUCUGACAGUACAAGGAGUUUUUAACUGUUUGAAGAACCUAACAGAUACAAAGGGGUGCUUUCAAGCUGAGACCUGCAAGCGUACACUGGUAAAAACACAUCUUGAGUGGAUCUGAUCAUCCGAGUCUCAUUCAGAUCCAGGAAGAAUGGCUAUGAGUUGGGUUGUCUUUUAUCUUUGGCUCUUGACUGUGUUUGUGGGACAUAUAGGUGGGCACAGUUUAUUUUCUUGUGAACCUAUUACCUUGAGGAUGUGCCAAGAUUUGCCUUAUAAUACUACCUUCAUGCCUAAUCUUCUGAACCAUUAUGACCAACAGACAGCAGCUUUAGCAAUGGAGCCAUUCCACCCUAUGGUGAAUUUGGACUGUUCUCGGGAUUUUCGGCCAUUUCUUUGUGCACUCUAUGCCCCUAUCUGUAUGGAAUAUGGACGCGUCACACUUCCCUGUCGUAGGCUUUGUCAGCGUGCCUAUAGCGAGUGUUCAAAGCUCAUGGAGAUGUUUGGUGUUCCUUGGCCUGAAGAUAUGGAAUGCAGUAGGUUUCCGGAUUGUGAUGAGCCAUAUCCCCGACUUGUGGAUUUGAAUUUAGUUGGAGAUCCAACUGAAGGUGCCCCAGUUGCAGUACAGAGGGAUUAUGGUUUUUGGUGUCCCCGAGAGUUGAAAAUUGAUCCUGAUCUUGGCUAUUCCUUUUUGCACGUGCGAGAUUGUUCACCACCAUGUCCCAAUAUGUACUUCAGGAGAGAAGAACUGUCCUUUGCUCGCUAUUUCAUAGGACUGAUUUCAAUCAUUUGCCUUUCUGCCACGUUGUUUACUUUUUUAACCUUUUUGAUUGAUGUCACGAGAUUCCGUUACCCUGAAAGACCUAUCAUAUUUUAUGCGGUCUGCUACAUGAUGGUGUCAUUAAUUUUCUUCAUUGGCUUUUUGCUUGAGGACCGAGUAGCCUGCAAUGCAUCUAGCCCUGCACAGUAUAAGGCUUCCACAGUGACACAAGGAUCUCACAAUAAAGCCUGUACCAUGCUUUUUAUGGUACUUUAUUUUUUCACUAUGGCUGGCAGUGUAUGGUGGGUAAUUCUUACCAUCACAUGGUUUUUAGCAGCUGUGCCAAAGUGGGGUAGUGAAGCUAUCGAGAAGAAAGCAUUGCUGUUUCAUGCCAGUGCCUGGGGCAUCCCUGGGACUCUAACUAUCAUCCUCUUAGCGAUGAAUAAAAUUGAAGGUGACAAUAUUAGUGGCGUGUGUUUUGUCGGCCUCUACGAUGUUGAUGCGUUAAGAUAUUUUGUUCUCGCUCCCCUCUGCCUGUAUGUGGUAGUUGGGGUUUCUCUCCUCUUAGCCGGCAUUAUAUCCCUAAACAGAGUUCGGAUUGAGAUCCCAUUAGAAAAGGAAAACCAAGAUAAGUUAGUGAAGUUCAUGAUCCGGAUUGGUGUUUUCAGCAUUCUUUACCUUGUACCGCUCUUGGUUGUAAUUGGAUGUUACUUUUACGAGCAAGCUUACCGUGGCAUCUGGGAAACAACGUGGAUACAGGAACGCUGCAGAGAAUAUCAUAUUCCAUGUCCGUACCAGGUUACUCAGAUGAGUCGUCCGGACCUGAUUCUCUUUCUGAUGAAGUAUCUGAUGGCUCUCAUAGUCGGGAUUCCCUCUAUAUUUUGGGUUGGAAGCAAAAAGACGUGCUUUGAAUGGGCCAGUUUUUUCCAUGGUCGUAGGAAAAAAGAGAUAGUGAAUGAGAGCCGGCAGGUGCUCCAGGAACCUGACUUUGCCCAGUCGCUCCUGAGGGAUCCAAAUACUCCUAUUAUAAGAAAAUCAAGAGGAACUUCCACUCAAGGAACUUCCACACAUGCUUCCUCAACUCAGCUGGCCAUGGUGGAUGAUCAAAGAAGCAAAGCAGGGAGUGUGCACAGCAAAGUGAGCAGCUACCAUGGCAGCCUCCACAGGUCACGUGAUGGCAGGUACACCCCCUGCAGCUACCGAGGAGUGGAGGAGCGACUACCUCAUGGCAGCAUGUCCCGCCUGACGGACCACUCCAGGCACAGCAGCUCUCAUCGGCUCAACGAGCAGUCUCGGCACAGCAGCACCCGAGACCUCAGUAACAACCCCAUGACUCACAUCACACACGGCACCAGCAUGAACCGUGUUAUCGAAGAGGAUGGGACCAGUGCUUAG